GAAGCUGUGUCCGUGCCACAAGAAUAGUGAAUAUGAAACUCCCCCUGCUCCUGCUGCUCCUCCUGCUGGGGACAGUUGCUGCUUUUCAUCUGGGGAAUGAUGCCCCGUAUCCUGACAGUCAAGAGUCACAGGCAGACCUGAGCCAGGAUCUGGAAGGCUCAGGGGAGCAGGAGGGUGAGGCAGUCCUGACUGAGGAGGCGAUUCAGUCUGAAGGAGAGCAGGUGAAGGCUUCCAGCCUCAAAGAUGCCUUUGAGGACAAGAAGGCCAUGGAGUCAGACCCAGGUGCCCUUGACAAGAACUUGCAGUGCCCCAGGGCCGAGGACACGGUGGAAAUUCGGGGCGGUCCUGGGUGCAAGACCUGCCAGUACGUGUUGGUGCGGACUGUCUUAACAUUUGCAGACGCUCAGAACACCUGCAGGAGGUGCUACAGAGGCAACCUCGUCUCUAUCCACAACAUCAGCAUCAACAUUUAUGUCCAAACGUUGGCCAGGCUGCUGCAUGUCUGGAUUGGAGGUGCCAUCGGGGGCUGGUGCUCCGGAUUUCACUGGACUGAUGGAAGUGCUGUGAAUUUCAGAUACUGGGCACAUAAUCAUGGGCAUGGCCACUGUGUGUCCCUAUGGAGAGGGGGUCAUUGGCAACAAUCAGGUUGUGGAACACAUCUGCCCUUCAUCUGCUCCUACUAA